ACAGAUAUAUAUGGACUGUUUCCUGAAGGCCAGAUUCCAGCACUCAUAGAUUACUUGGGAAUUGUUGUUGAGAGUAGCAUAUGUUAUGGAUAUCCAUUUUGAAGCCAUCAUGUUAGGCAUUACUUAUUUUGAUCAUUAAUAUCAGAAGUAGUUCUGCCUCUUCUGUCAGUAAGUCUGUUAGUGCAUUGGUUUCCCCACCUCCUACUGUACACCGGUGUUGAAAAUACGGGAAAAAAACAACCAGUCCAUUUCAGAAACAGAUGGACAGCAGACAAAGGAAGUGGAGAAGCCAUGUUCCAACAAGAUCUGGACCGGCUAAGUUACCGAAAUCCCGCUGCUGGGGGAAAAAUUCCUAUCAAUCAUAGAUACACUUCCUCUGGAGAAGAAAAAUGUCAUCAGCGGUAUGGGAUUUGGAGGAUUGUUGCAGCUUACCUGCAAAGAGUUGCGGUAUGACCUAAUAACGUGGAUAGUCGCCAAUUAUGACAUUGGCUACCACCGCGUUUGUAUGCAAACUAAUGUUGCUGUCCCAAUCACACCCCAAGAUGUUAGAGAGGUCCUUGGUAUCCCGGACCAGGGCAUUGACAUUCUCUUUUACAAUAGGCACAGCACACCCAACUGCACUUAUGACAUUAAAAUAUUGGAAGAUAGAUUACGUGAUCUACUGGUUGGCGAAGAAUUCAUGAAGUCUUUCCUCAUUUUCGCCUGUGCCACUAUCCUUGCCCCUAACUCAAAACAAGAAGGCAUGCAUGACUUGUGGGACACGAUUUGGGAUAGUGAUGUGGGUGUCCGCAAAAAUUGGGCCAAGUUUGUUCUCCAAUAUCUGGAGGAUGGGAUAAGGGACUAUCGGAAUAGUCAUUCGACAUACAUUAGAGGUUGUGUGUUGUUUCUUCAGUUCUACAUCACUUCUUUUAAAGUUGAAGUGCGCAGUUCACUAUGUGCUGCAUGGACCGAUAAGCAAAUCAAGGGUCGCUUGGCAGCCAAAAUACACACUUAUGGCAAUUAUGGUCAUGUCCAGGUUAUAGAGCGAAGCAACUCAGAUGUACAUAAUGAUGCAUGGCCAUGCGAGGUAGGAAGCUCACAUUCUGAUGACCCAACCGAGACAAUUCAAGCACGGUUGAUUUGCAAUUCAGAGCAUCUCAUGAGCCUCGCUUCAUCUAUGGUAUAAGACAUUGCCACACUACGGGCAAGGUCUAGUGGAGGACAAAGUGGCUGUGCACUAACCCCACCAGAUGAAGCAGUGAAUGCGUAAAAAAACAAAGAAGAGGGUAGCACCGAUGUGCAUCCAUUUAGUGAUCAAAUAAUGGGAAAAGCAACCGGUUCAGCAACCACACAUUCUGGCCAGCAAAGGGCCACCAAUGCAGCAGUAGAUGAUGGCCUAUUUACUGAACAAGAGCCAUGCCCACCUUCAACAAAGGGUGCUGAAUUUCAUUCACCUAAAGGGGUGCAAAUGGGUGUUGAAGAAGGGUAUGGCAGCAAACCGGUUACAUCUAUCCCUAGGCGGAGAUUUAAACACAUAGCGAAAAGGCUUGUGAAGCCAACCGCCAUUUGCAAAUCCCCAUUCGUCUCUCAAUGUGUUAGCCAAUUUCCUAAAAUCAGCCAUGAAGAAAGGGUGGUUGCUGAUUAUGCAUUGUCGGAAGCCGGUGACCCAAGAUUUGAUUGUGGCAUGUUUGCAAUAAAGUACAUGCAACAUUGGAAUGGGGCCACGAUAGCACAUUCAAUCGCGGAGGACAAGAUGCAUUUAUAUCGAUUGAGGCUGGUCGUUAUGUUGGUUACGAAUGCUGCAAACAAUGCUAGAGAUAAGGUCAUGAAGGCAUGUCGAGUGUGACAUAUGAGGCCGACAUUCGGAAAACAUAAUUCCUCACAACCAUGAAGCCACCAUGAGAAAGAGGGGAGAAAUUUGACAAUGCGGAAUCGUGGAUGCUGGAGAAAGGGAUGUGAUCAUAAGACAUUCUCAUCAUCAAUCAAACUUUAUAAUAUAACUGUUCAUAUUUUGUUUUUUUUUUUGUAAAUUUAGGCAUGCCCAAUACCAGAGCUCUUUAAAAACUCUAUACAUACAUCAAAAUGGUUUUUUUGGUUGACCAUUUUUACUUUGGGCACCUAUUGCAUACUUUUGAUACACAUACAUCAAAAUGCUUUUAGAUUAAUUUAUCCGUUUCUACGAAACAUACAUUGGUAUAUGAAAUUUUGGUUGACCUAAAAAGGUUACUCCAUCACCUCUUUGCAGGUGUGUAGUUCUAUGAGAUCCAUGCAAUAUGAGAAACUAUUGCCUAUGUUGAAGAACUUGCUUUCUAUUCUGCAUACUAUUUGGCCUAGGAACAAGGAAGAGGGAUAUUUCCUUGCUUCUGAGCUUCUGAAGAAGAUAUGUUCAAAUCAGAAAGGUGUUGAAGCUUUAAGAAACUUGCCUACUCUUUUGAAGAGGCUACACAACCUAACUGAGGAUCUUAGUAGGAAGGCAAACAAUGAGAAGAUGUUUGGCUUUGGCCAUACUACAGUUUUCUUCCAUUAUACUAGCUGAAAUUCUCCCAAUUGGAGCAACUAGAUUCGAGGAGGCACUGCAAAUGGGCUCUGAGACCUAUCAUCACUUAAAGGCUGUUAUUACAGAAAAAUAUGGUGCCCAUGGGUGUGAUGUUGGUGAGGAUGGUGGGCUUGCUCCAAACAUUUCCAGUGUACAGACAGAGGACUUCAUUAUACCAACUUAUGAUUGUGUAUCUCCUUGCAUAGUUGAGUUGAAGAGAAUUCCAAAGUGUGCUCCUUUGGUUGUUGGUCAUCAUGGUUUUGGGGAAUUUAGUUUAUGGAAUGUGGAAUCAGUUUGUAUCUUAUUACAACGUUUCCCCAGGGACAUUUCCCAACGCAUCCUCAUAUCAAGGUUCACAAUGCCAAGCAUUUCAAUUUUUGAGUUCAUUCCAAUCAGCUUGUUUAGUUUCCAAAGUGAGGUUCCUCUUUCCAGCAAUCCUGAUGUGGAUUUGCACAUAAACAAAAUAAUGGCUGCAACAAAAAUGUGGUUCUCAAAGCACAAUGAAAAUUACACCUUUCUUCCAUUAGGGGGGGAAAGCAUUGUUGUGUGGCUUCUUGUUGCAACUCUUUCUGACUCUGACACUCAGCAUGACAAUCAAAUGAAUGAUUGCCAAACAAAUCCAGUUGGAUGGUGGAGACUAGCUCUCCUGGUGAAAAAUAUGGUCAUCCUGGGAAGUGCAUUAGAUCCAAGGGCAGCUGCUAUUGGUGCUUCAGCUGGUCAUGGGAUCAUUGGUACACAUGAUGGACUUGUGUACAUGUGGGAAUUGUCUACCGGUACUAAGCUUGGCAGUUUACACUAUUUCAAAGGUAUGUUACACCCUAUAACAAUUUGACUUUUCUCUGAUUUGCUCUUCCUUGGCAUGAAAUUGAUGAUGAUUUAAACUAAGAAGUACUGGUUUUGCAUAAUUAGUCAUGUACCUUCAUCUGUUUCAUUUUCAACUG